AUGGUAGCUGAUGUUAUCUCUGGCUCAUCCUGGUCGUUUCCUCAUCCACGCUCUCAGCAGGAAGUGGCCUUUCACUCUUAUUUAACUACUAUUCCCCUUCCACUUCCUAAUGAUGUCAAUGAUGUAUUUGAAUGGAAAACUCCUGAUUGUACUUUGAAUGUGUUUAACUCUAGGGCUACUUGGGAGGUGCUGAGACCUAGACAGCCAAGCCAAGCCUGGCAUGAUGUCGUCUGGUUCAAAGGGGCUCUGCCGAAGCACGCCUUCACGAUGUGGGUAGCGAACUACGAUCGCCUACCGACAAGAUCAAGACUGAUCUCUUGGGGUCUUGCAAUUCCAGCGACGUGCCCUCUCUGCGCAGCUCUCCCGGAAACGCGUGAUCACUUAUUUAUCUCCUGUCCAUAUACCGGCGAUAUAUGGACUCAGGUAUUCGCUAGAUGCAACCCUCCCUCGCGGAUGUUUGCGGACUGGAACGAGCUCCUAUCCUGGAUCCGAACAGCUACGUCGAAGAGGAAGGUCCUGCUAAGGAAGCUGGCUUCUCAAGCGGUGAUCUUUCAUGUAUGGAAUCAGAGGAAUAACCUGAUUCACAAUGCUACUGCCCUGUCUGCUACAACCGUCUUCAUUUCUCUUGACAGGGAGUUGAGGAAUUUAAUCUCCUCUAGAAGAACCAAAAAACAUUUUAGCUCACUUAUGGCUUUAUGGAUUAGAUAG